CAGAAACCGCCCGCUGUAGCUGGGAUCUGCUGGAGCGGCAGUGCGUACUUGGCAACGGGAGGGGUGGGUGCUGUGAGCGUGUCUAGCGGUGGACAAGAUGAAGACACCAUAUCUCAUUCUAUGCAUAUUUUUUCUUUGCUUGUCAUUUUCUCUUGCCUUGAAAGAUGAGGGUGAAGAAGAUGUGAAGGCUGGCUCCACAAGACAUCCUGUUAUUCUUGUUCCUGGUGAUGGAGGCUCAAAGCUUAUGGCCAAGCUUAACAAGUCAGCAGGACCCCACUACUGGUGCUAUCAACACACCUCAUCAUACUACCUUCUGUGGCUUAAUCUGGAUGUGCUUGUCAGCAAGUUUAUGGAUUGCUUUAUCGACAACAUGCGCCUCCACUACAACCAUACGGACCGGCGGACGUACAACACCCCAGGCGUGGAUAUAAUGGUACCUGACUUUGGCACGACCAAAGCCAUCGAGAACCUCAGCGACUGGAACUACUGGUUCGGCGGCUACACCAAGUACUUCUUCAACCUGGUUGACCUGCUAGUCAAGAAUCUGAACUAUACGCGGGGCCAGGACCUGUUCGGCGCCCCCUACGACUUCCGGAAGGCUCCGAACGAGAUGGACGUCUUCUUCUCGAACUUGACGCGGCUGGCGGAGCAGGCGUACUACGCCAACAACAACACGCGCGUGGUGCUGGUGUCGCACAGCUACGGCUGCGUGCUCACCCUGCACUGGCUGCACCGGCGGACGGAAGCCUGGAAGGCCAAGUUCAUCGAGCACUUCGUGUCGCUGGCCGGGCCGUACGCCGGCACGGCGCUCUCGUACGAGGUGUACGCCGCAGGCUACAACCUGGACGUGUGGGAGCUGGACGGCAAGCGUCUGCGCUCAGAGCAGCGCACCAGCCCCAGUCUGGCCUUCCUCUCGCCCAACCCGCUCGCCUGGGCCAAGGACAGGGUGUUCCUCACCACGCCCGCCGCCAACUAUACUGUCGAUAACGUGCAGCAGUUCUUCAGAGACAUCAACUUCACGGACGGCUGGGAGAUGCGCAAGGACACGAUGAACCUGCUGGACAUUUCCAAGCCUCCAGGCGUCAGCAUGUACUGCGUGUACGGGAACGGGACGGCCACGACUGAAACGGUGGUGUACAAGGACUUAAAGAGCUUCCCGGACACCCCCGACCACGUGGUGCGCGGCGCCGGCGACGGCACGGUAAACCUGCACAGCCUGCGCUGGUGCGAGAGCUGGCGCGGCCGCCAGCCGCAGCCGCUCGUCAGCCGCCUCUACCCGCACGCCGACCACAUGGGCCUCGUCACCAACUACACGAUAGCGGAGGACCUCGUGAAGUACGUGGCGGAGAUCAACGUCGGCAGGGAGGCCAACCGGCUCUGACGAGACGCGGAGGGGCUGGCGGACGAGUGGAGUGCCCGGGGGACCGGUGGAGUCGGGUGGAGGGGGUGUCGGACGGGCUGGCAUCAGGUCAGUGCCGGUGUGAGGUGGGUGUAGACUGCUCCAAGCGGACUGGGGCAGCUGGUCCGAAAGUGGUAAAGCCGUCAGUCAGGCUAGGCUGCUGAGCACGAAGUGAGAUGUCCGGUUAGGCGGUUAGGGACUGUGUGAGGCGGCAGGGUAUGUUGUAUACAAACUGGCUCGGUCACGACUCCAGCACGAAAGGUGUGAACGCGAGGAGCAGAGGCGUCUGGCCGGGUUGGGUCUGCGACGGCACCCGCCAUGGAGAGGGGUCACCGAACCUGCUGUUGCGGGCUCUGUCCGUCAGAGGUGAGCUUUUGGGGAAGACGGCGGAGGGGGUGUCGCCGCGGUCACGUGGGAUUGGUGCGAGGGACCGAACUGCCUCUGCUCGAGUCCACCCGGGCCCCCCAGCUGGCGCGAGAUUGAUCCUGGUCGCGAAUAACUCACCACGUGUUCGAACUCGGAGGGGCUUUGAGACUAAGCCAAGGGAAGGACUUCUCAUUCACUGGUAUCCAUGCACAAGGAAGGUUUGGUCGGUCCUGGACGGGGCCAAAAUGCUGGGCUGUUCGAAGGCAUUGACACGGCCCCUGCGUUUCGCGUCGUUCUACCUGAGAGCGGCGGGCUUAGUCUGGUGUUCGUGCAGCCUUUUUAGUGCACUGCUAGCUAGGAUACGAUGCGUUUGGGAAUGCACCUACUUUGUACGUAGCGUAAUAAUGUGUGCAACAAGGAAUAAUACUGUGUGCAACAGGGCUACGUGCAGUCCCAUGGUCAGUGUUGGUGGUGUAUUGGUGGAGAGGGCUGAUAUAUAAUGCAUGCGUCACAUCACCGGUCCCAUAUAUGUUUCAUUUGUACACGGGUUUUCGUUGGGUCUGCGAGAAGAAUAGUGCAGUUCAUAUUUGGCACUUCGCUGCUCAUUAUUUUAUCCAAUGACAGUCUUAUACCAGUCGUUUAGGUUGCGCUUGCCUUUUUGCAUGGGCUAAACGCAUCUGGGUGCCAUAACAUCACAGUUGGCAUCUAUCACAUCUGCCAAAACAGGGAACGCAGUCGUCGCUGUUGCUGCGUAGUUGGGUUACCUGUUGUUUCAUCUCUUCAAGACCCUCCCAGCUGGCGUACCUCGGUUUUGCUGGAUCCAUGUGUUAGUUGGUGCCUUUUACGUCGCUGUAAAUAUGACCCAAAUCAAACUAGCAUUGCUUACCCAUGCAGCUUCUAUUUAAGUUUGUAACUUAGUUCCCAGGAAAGAACAUAUCAGGUCUAGAUUCUCUGCAAGCCUUGGACAGGAGGAGAGCGGGUUCCUCGCGAGUCAUGCUUGAGAACUGAUGGGCUUUUUAAUCUAAGUGGACUCGCGGAAUCCAACGUCAACUCUGACAGAACGGUGCAUGCUCUGUCAGUGCAUAUGUCAACUCAUUAACUUUUGAAUUACUACAGUCCAUUAGCAUCCCCUGACAUGUGUUAUGUUCAUCAAUGUAUCUGCAAGCGUGUUUUUAUCUGAGUGGCCAUCGAGCCCGGUCCUCCUAGCGUUCGAGCAGCGACGGGAGAGGAGGAUGCCAGUGAGAUUGUCACGUGCAGCCUCCUGGAGGAAUGGCUCUGAAAACAUCGAUGACUUGUCGCUGAAGCACGCGUAUCUAAAUGUCCGAUCAGCGGCGGCUUUUGCAUGUGUCUUGCCAAUCUCGCUACCACAGACUGCCGAGCGUGAAUGACUGGAUCGAAUCGUCGGCCUUCGGGCUGACAGCUCGCUGCCGUCGCACCAUAUGCUAACGGGUCGUGUCAAACGAGGCAUUGUAAGCGCUGUCGGUCCACUCGACAAUCAGUGCUGUCGCCUGGUGGACGGGGAGUUUGUCCGAUGUGUGGAAGCCCGCCACAUGGCUGCCGUGCGAACGCGUGCACCCCAAGAUUGCGUGGUUCUCGCGGUGGGGCGAGCGGCUUGACUCUGGGCAACACUAGCGCCGCCUAGCGAGUCGCCGGGCGUCUGCUUGUCAGCUGACUGCGCGCUGUUGCGGCCGCGCAGGCUGCCGCGUGCUCCACUGGAAAGACAUCGGCCCUGCCUGUCCGCUGUCAGCUCGUGCGUGACAGAGCGGAUAGGUGUGGCCAGCCUGUACUCGUGAAGUGUGCAGUGUCCAAUGCUCGAGGUCUUGGUGUCUUUCAAGCGCAUGUGAAUACAGCGGUGACAUGCGGG